CAGCCCUGCCGGUGCCCCUCACUGCCGACCCGCAGCCCCUGCAGCCCAGCCCUGGUCUCUCCCCCACAGAUCGAGGCUGACCCGCUGCUCCGCAGUUCCCUGUCCCGCCUGUCGUACCGCAGCUUCUCCCGGCUGGCCGAGGCGUACACCGCGCGGGCCGACCCGGGCAGCCCCAGCCCCCAGCUCGCCCGGCUGGCCCUGACCAUGGAGCUGACGCGGAAGGUGGCGGGAAUCAACAGCCACACGGUGCAGACGCUGAUGGGCUACAGCCUGCAGUACAUGGACAUGUUCGUCCCCUGGCUGCAGCAGCAGGGCGGCUGGGUA